GAGUAAUACAAUGUUGUGUGCACUCGAAUGUGGCCACAUGCAUAUCUCUUUCCUUCCAAGGCAUCCGGCCACUCUGUCGCCACCAAGGACAAGAAGCAACAUUCCGGAAUCAAAUACUUCGACAAGUUGCUAUAUCGACAGUGACACAAAAGAAAGUUUCUAAGGAAUUGGGAGUCCUAUCCUGGAGAACAGGACUGAUUUACUGCGCCUGAUUAUCGCAUGAAGGGUACACCCACCAUGUCCGUCAGUCCCGAAUCUUCCCUCCUUCAUCAUUUUCCCAUUCGGCGAUCUUGUAGACCCGGAGGUUCCAAUCAUCGGGAAAAUACGCAACUGCAAAAAAAUUCAGUCCCUGCGGAUAAAAGUACCUCACGCGCUGCCGCCGGGAAGGCAAGCAGAACCUGCUGUUAUCCUGACGGUAACGAUCAUGUAAAUGCGGCCCAAGUGCAACACCGAGCGCCCUCUCUAAACGGCCGAAUGCGGUGUGGAUCCAAAGCUCAAAGGUCCGUCAUCACAUUCAUGCAACUUGAAUGGCCUUCAAUAUUUCAUACAUUUGACGACGUCCAAGUAUUCAACCAGCGACUAAAGUGAGGUCUGAUAAUUUGUUUUUGUGUUUUAUGACGUCGGGCAGAGAACACCGUGGAUGAUGUGUGUCCUGUUAUUCAUAGCAUUCAAUAGGCGUGAAACACUG